GAUGUGUCUGGUACGAAUGAAGCAGGAGGGUCGCACAGGAAAAUACAUGUGUCGCUAUAUAGUUCACUGCAUGUGGGAGGAUGUUGAACAGCGUGGUAAGGUGAUGGGGAUUAAUUCUGUUGCUCUAAAGGAAGAUAUGAGAAGUAUGGUAGAAAAUUUCUAUGCAGCUCUAUUUGGAUAUGAUGAGGGAAUCUUGUCUGAUGAUCAUGUUCUGGCAGCAGCUCUUUGGAGAAACCUUUUUAACAGGAACUGUGAGGACCCUCGGCAUCUGGAGUUACUUGUAGAAUACGUUCGCAAACAGGUGCAGCACCUGGACGCGCUGAGCGGGGAGGACCUGCUGCUGACGGGCGAGGUGAGCUGGCGGCCGCUGGUGGAGAGCAACGCCCGCAGCAUCCUCAAGCCCCUCUCCCCUGUUUACAAUGACGAAGGACUCUGA